AUGGGCAAGAAAGAUCCCAAAACUGCUGCCUACAUGACAAACGGGACCAAUACAACAGGCAACAAGAAGACCCAUGAAGGUCACAAGACAACCGCCGCAACGAUCGCGAAAGUAGCUGCGGCUCAGGAGGAAGUCAAGCAAUCCCUCGAACCCCUUGGAAAGUCUGAACAACAACCACCAAAGGCCCCACCGAAGGAUCUGAAGAAGCUUCUCAAAGGACAGCAGCCACCUUUUGGCGGAAGGUCAAACAUGUCCCUAGGCGCUUCACAAACAGCGACAGCUAUUCAACGCAUUGCCGAGAAUGGGGCUCCACCAUUAAAGCUCAGCACCAACCCUUCUGGCCAGUCGUCAAAACCGCGUAAAGGGAGUUCGAAGUCUUCGAAAUCUGCCUCCAAGUCGUCGACAUCCUUGAACUCAGUCUCACCCUCUUCAGUCAGGCACCAUUCAUCUCCGUCAUCUCCCGGUUCUGAGAACGCCCCUCCUCUUCCCCAACGGCCCCAUCCACAACGUUCUUCUUCUGCUGAAGGUGCCAGCUUGCUUAGUAUUGUCAAGAAGGGAAAGGAACAGAUCCAAUCAGAUGGAUCAAAAGUCGCGAAGUUUUUCGGCAAGAAAUCCCAUGAGGCCUGGGACAAGAUUAAGAAGCAGAAGGAAAAGGAGUCGAAAUCACAAAAGUUUGUGGGUGAAAGAAGAGACACGAGCAAUGAUAUCGAUGUCUUCGGUAUGGAGUUAAAGGAUGCGGUUUUGAAAACCAGAGUAGUAAACGAUAGGAAGAUGGUUGGUGAUGGCGCGUAUUGGAUGCCCGCUCUGGCUUAUAGGUGUUUACAAUAUCUCAACGUUCAUGGGCCACACGAGCUGGGUAUUUAUCGGAUAUCCGGGAGCACAUCUGUGGUGGAUGAGCUAAGGGCGGAUUUCAAGAUUCAUCACGAUAUCGAUCUUUUUGAUAAUCCCCCGGAUGAUCUCCAUACAGUCUCUUCUUUAUUGAAGGGUUGGUUUAGGUCCCUACCUGAAGCCAUUCUUCCCAAUGAUGUCCAGAAGCGUGUCUACGAAAAGUGUAAGGACAUGACAGAUGCUGUUAAACCACCGCAGGCCUUUGUAGACGAGCUAUCCAACCUCCCACCAUACAAUUACUAUCUCCUUCAUCAUCUCUUCUCGCAUUUGAGCGCCAUUUGCGGUGCGUCAGAUGUGAACAAGAUGGGUCUUGCCAAUCUUGGCAUGAUAUUCUGCUCAACCCUUCGAAUUGAUCGAUUCUGCUUCAAUUGGCUAGUUAAUAGCUGGUCGGACUGUUGGGCGGGCUGCUUAACUGAGGAAGAGGAAUAUGAAAGGACUCUUCCGCCGCCACCACGCCGCAAUCCUUCGAUUACAUCGUCAGCUUCUCACAAUUACAAUCGUUACAACCAGUCUUCGCCCAUCCCCUCAGAACCUAGAUCAAGGUCAGCUGGUCGCGCCGAUACCAUGCCUAAUAGCAGCGUAGACCGUUGGCCAUCAAACGGGUCAAGCAAUCGUCAACUUUCUAAUCAAUCCCCCGAAAAGCCAAGGGCAAGAUCACCAGAGGGUUCAAGAAGCGCUAUCCGUAGGCAAGACAUUGAGGAGUUGAAUAAACUCGCUCUUCGAAAGAAAGAUAUUGAUGAGAUGAGCAACCUUCGCAUCGAAACCAAUACCAAUUUUCAGCCUCCUAGAUCACCGGCUGGGAAAUCACCAGGUGGAAAGUUCUCAAUUCAUAGCAAUCAGUCUGAUCAACUCAGUUUGAAUGUGGAGACAGGAUGCACCCCGAGAGGGAGCAUUAGCAGCGAGCAUAAUGGAAAAAAUUCAGGGAAAAACUCCCCAGCAAUGUUGGGGAUGCCAUUACCGAGGAUUGAGCCGAUUAGCCCUAUGUUGAAGGAGGGAGGAAUGCUUUGA